CUUGUCUUCCUGUCUGUGAAACCUACUUAAAACCCAACCACACUCGUAGUGACCACCAUUAAAUGCACCCACCUUGGUGGUUCGACCUUCUCUUUCUGUCUAUCAGAUAAAAUAACAGAUAAAUGGAGGAAGACCACAAUUAUGCGACAGUGACUUUCAAGGCUAAAAAUGAGGUUUCUACAUUUGAGAAACCAAACGAGCUGGAAAUAAUAUAUUCUGAAGUGAAAGCUGAGGUGCAGACAGCUCCUACCACGCCAAUAGAAAAUGAAACAAAAGCUCCACUUUGCUCCCAGCUUCUUCUGGUGGCUGCAGGUUUGGGGAUCAUUUGUGUCAUCUUGGUGUCAUUUAUCAUCACCCUCAAAAUCCAAUUCCAAACAGUCAUGUCAGAGCAGCUCAGAGAAAUCAGCAACCUAACAGCUCAAAAUCAGCAACUGAUGUCAGAGAAGGACGUCUUAAAAACUCAAACACAAGAGCUGACCAGAGAGAGAGAUGGACUCAACUGGACCCUCAAAGUCAUUCUGGAGUAUGAGAACUUCCCUGUGAAAACCCUCUGUCCACAGAAAGUGUGUAAACCUUGCCUGGACAACUGGGUGCGGUUUCAGUCAAACUGUUACCUUAUUACGAAACAUAAGUAUUCCAACGACUGGAGGAAGUGGAUCCAAAGUCAUGAAGAAUGCCAAAAAUUCAACGCAAAUCUGGUGGUGAUAGAAAGCCAAGAAGAACAGGAAUUCAUCAAUAACCACACAGAAAAGUAUCAUGAUGAAAAUCAUGGCUACUGGAUUGGCUUGAGUAAAAAGGAAGAGACAGGGACGUGGAGCUGGUUAGAUGGGAGCAACCUCACUGUGGAGUAUUGGAGAGAUCAACCGUCUAACCUACGCUGGACAGACUGUGCGUUAACCUCGCCUCGAGGACAUCCUUUGGCUAACUGGCAGAAAACUAGCUGUACCAUGUGGAACCGCUACAUCUGUGAAACCAGAGCCUUAACCAAACAGGAUGAAGAUCCAGAAGCUAUCACAUAGAUUAUUGAACAUGUAAAAACUAGCAUUUUAAAUCCAUCUAUUUAAUUGUUUUGCAAGUCUAGAUUUAAGAGUUAAUAAAGAUGUUAUCACAAUUUUA